AUGGAAGAAGAUUCGACCUCCCUGAAGCAAGAAAAAGAAAACCAAGAACUGGGGAAAGCAGGGCCUCCGUGGGAAGAAAAGACAGCAACUUCUUCCCAAUAUCCUGAGCCAGAGUUCUCUGAGCCCUCAGAGGCAGAGCAGGGGCUAGAAACUGGACGCCAGCCCAGAAGCAGCCCUCCUCAGAGCCCCCAGUCUAGCGUCAGCCCGUCUCUGGGUGAUGCUAAAGGACCAGGACCAUCAACUUCCCCUUCCCCUCUACAGGAGCCUUCUCCCCCUCGUACUCCCCUGGCCCUGGCCACACAGGACCUUGGCUCACCUCUGCAGUCAGCCCGGACCGCUAGUGUGACUCCUGAAACUGGGACACUUCAUUCUGAUCUUCUGGAGCAACCUUUUGAUAAAAGAGAAUCCAUUCUUCAUCACGCAGGCCCGUCAGAGGCAAACACCUCUCAACGAUCUCAACAACCCACAUUUCAACCGUGUGGGUCGAGAGAUGUGAGCUGUAGCAACUCUAAACAAAAAGAACUGAGAUUUGACGUUUUUCAGGAGGAAGACUCCAACGGUAACUAUGACCUAGACCAGCCUGCAUCUGGGGCCUCUGAGGCUGCGCCCAGCGAGCUGGAGACAGCCAUUCAGAAUGCUAAGGCUUACCUGCAGAAGACCAGUAGCAAGUCCGGCUUGAAUCUAUAUGAUCAUCUGUCUAAUAUGCUGACUAAGAUAUUAAACGAGCGUCCUGAAAAUGCUGUUGACAUCAUUGAAAAUAUUAGCCAAGAUGUGAAGAUGGUACAUUUUAGAAAAAAAUUAGAUACACUCCAAGACGAGAAGGAGAUGCUCCCAACAUAUGAAAUAGCAGAGAAGCAAAAGGCUCUUUUUCUCCAGGGACAUUUGGAAGGAGUUGACCAAGAACUGGAAGAUGAAAUAGCAGAAAACUCUCUUCCUAACAUAAUGGAGUCUGCCUUUUAUUUUGAACAAGCUGGAGCUGGUUUGGGCACAGAUGAGACUUACCGCAUAUUUCUUGCCCUCAAGCAGCUUACUGACACCCACCCAAUCCAAAAAUGCCGCUUCUGGGGCAAGAUCUUGGGUCUGGAGAUGAAUUAUAUUGUAGCUGAAGUGGAAUUUCGUGAUGGGGAAGAUGAAGAGGAGGUAGAAGAGGAAGAUGUAACUGAAGACAGGAACAAUGGAGAAAGCGAAGAGGAUGAAGAUGAGGAAGAUGACUUACCGAAGUCCUUCUACAAGGCCCCACAGGCUAUCCCAAAAGAGGAAAGUAGGGCAGGUGCCAACAAAUAUGUGUAUUUUGUUUGCAAUGAACCGGGAAGACCAUGGGUGAAGUUACCAUCAGUUUUACCUGCACAAAUCAUUAUUGCAAGAAAAAUCAAGAAAUUUUUCACUGGGCGAUUGGAUGCACCCAUCAUAAGCUAUCCGCCUUUCCCAGGAAAUGAGAGCAAUUACUUACGAGCACAAAUCGCCCGAAUUUCAGCAGGAACCCACAUCAGUCCUUUGGGAUUCUAUCAGUUUGGCGAAGAGGAAGGAGAGGAAGAGGAAGAGGUGGAAGGUGGGCGAGAUAGCUUUGAGGAAAACCCAGAGUUUGAAGGCAUUCCAGUGAUUGAUCUAGUUGAAUCCCUGUCCAAUUGGGUUCAUCAUGUACAGCAUAUUCUCCCUCAGGGUCGCUGUAAUUGGUUCAACCCUAUGCAAAAAAAUGAAGAGGAAGAAGAGGAGGAAGAUGAAGACAAGGAGGAAGAAAAAGGAGAAGAACCUGAGGACAUAGAACAGGAAGUGGGGCCUCCGCUCUUGACACCAAUCUCUGAAGAUUUAGAGAUUCAGAAUAUGCCACCUUGGACAACCCGACUAUCCUCAACUCUUGUCCCACAAUAUGCUAUUGCUGUUCUUCGAUCCAACCGUUGGCCUGGAGCAUAUGCCUUUUCCAAUGGCAAAAAGUUUGAAAAUCUCUACAUAGGCUGGGGUCAUAAGUAUAGUCCAAACAAUUACACACCUCCAGUUCCACCACCAGUUUAUCAAGAAUACCCCAGUGGGCCAGAAAUUACAGAAAUGGAUGACCCUAGUGUGGAAGAGGAGCAGGCUUUCAGGGCCGCACAAGAGUCAGUUGCACUUGAGGCCGAGGAGAAUGAAGAAACUGAGGAAGAUGAAGAGGAAGAUGACGAUGACUAA